GCCAUCAUAAUCUUCCUAAAUUUUAAAAUGGCAAAACUACAGCUAUGUGUUUUUAAAUCUCACUUUUUUAGAUUGAAUAAUUUUCGUGUAAUUAAAUUUUUACUACAAUUCAUGUUAAAUUAGGGGACAUUUUAAACAGGCACAGUGAUUGUUAAUAGCUUGUUACAAGAUGGGCAAGAACCGGAGAGGAAGCCGAAGGAAGCGAAACUCACAGAUUUCGAAGUAAUUCGAAGUAUAGGUCGUGGUAGUUAUGGCACUGUUAUCCAAGCCAUGCACCUCGCCACAGGGGAAUACUACGCCAUUAAGGUAUUGUCGAAGCAGCUUAUAUUCCAGAAAGACAGAAUAAUGAAAGUUUUCAACGAAAAAUCCAUCAUGUCGUCGAUUAGGUUUGAAUUUCUUGCUCAACUCGACUAUUUCUUUCAAGACCAUAAUUUUCUGUACUUCGCCACACCUUACUGCCCAGGAGGCGAUCUGUACACUCAGCUUCGAAAGUAUAAACAGUUUCCCGAAAUGGUCGCGAAGUUCUAUAUUGCCCAGAUCACCCUGGCUUUGGAAUAUUUGCACUCCUUGUCUUUGAUCCACAGGGACGUCAAGCCCGAGAAUGUUGUCAUCGGCUUCGACGGUUAUAUCAAGCUAACGGACUUCGGCUUUUCUAAGAGGGUGGUCGGGAGGACGUACUCGUUUUGUGGCACCGCCGAGUACAUCGCUCCGGAAAUUUUGAAAGGGGAAGGCUACGGGUUUGCCGUCGACUGGUGGGCGAUGGGCAUCAUGCUCUACGAACUCAUCUUUGGACGUUCUCCGUUCGAAAACAAGAACCGGCUUAAAAUUUUUUCCCUCAUCCAAUCCGGCGAUUACAGGUUUCCGCAGGGACAAUGGAGCAGCUCGGAUGUACGUGAUUUGAUCGACGAACUCCUCCAGAACAAUUACACCAAGAGGCUCGGAAACCUGAAAGGAGGCGCAAAAGACAUUAAAAAUCAUCCGUUCUUUCAUGAUCUUGAUUGGAAGGAGUUACUCAAAAAAAGGAUUCGGCCUCCAUUUAAACCGAAAAUGAAAUCAAUUCGUGAUAGUUCUCACUUCAGUAAAGUCCCAUUCGAUCAAUUGGUCAAGGCGCAGGACAAUUUCAAAGAUUACUUCAGCAUUCUAGAUUAGACAAAACAAACUUGCUGCCAUUACUUAGUGCGAAGAAAAACAACUUUCAAUCCUCUCCCCAUAAAAUCUCAUAGAAACGCCGAAGUCCUAGAAGAAUCUGUUUGUCUGAAAUCUACUAAUGAAAUAUAUUAAAAUGCCCAUAUGUCAUAGAAGCGUUAUAAAAAAUAAUAUCACAUGAAACAAU